AGUGUGCGUCCCGCGCGAAAGCGGAGUCGAAAACUUCUUUAGAUUCCUUUCUCGACGCCUCCGCCAUCCCUCUCUGGGGACGAGGGGUCUUUUCGCGUGCGUGCGUGCCAGGAGUGCGCCCCAGGAUUCUCCUUCUCGCGUCCUCGCGUCCUCCUUACUUCACGGACCGGAAGAGUCCUUGAACCAAAAUAGCUCGACGGGCACUUCCGGGACCGGAGCCCGGGGUUCCGGGAGAGCGCUGGCCGCAGAGGGAAGGGCAGCCGCGGCCGCAGCUGGAGGAUGAAGAAGGAGCAUGUGCUGCACUGUCAGUUCUCCGCGUGGUACCCGCUCUUCCGAAGCCUUACCAUCAAGAGUGUUAUUCUUCCACUUCCUCAGAAUGUGAAGGAUUAUUUACUGGAUGAUGGAACUCUGGUGGUUUCAGGAAGGGAAGAUCCCCCAGCACGCUCUCAGCCAGACAGUGAUGACGAAGCUGAAGAAAUACAGUGGUCCGAUGAUGAGAACACAGCCACGCUCACGGCACCAGAAUUUCCUGAGUUCACCACUAAAGUCCAGGAAGCUAUCAAUUCCCUGGGGGGCAGUGUCUUUCCUAAGCUUAACUGGAGCGCCCCAAGGGAUGCAUACUGGAUAGCGAUGAAUAGCUCUCUGAAAUGUAAGACUCUCAGUGACAUCUUUCUACUUUUCAAGAGUUCUGACUUCAUCACUCGUGACUUCACACAACCAUUUGUUCACUGCACUGAUGACUCUCCAGAUCCUUGUAUGGAAUUUGAGCUUGUUCUUCGAAAAUGGUGUGAAUUAAUUCCUGGGGCUGAGUUUCGAUGUUUUGUCAAAGAAAACAAGCUUAUUGGUAUUUCUCAGAGGGACUACACACAGUACUACGAUCAUAUUUCUAAACAAAUGGAAGAAAUCUGCAGAGGCAUACAAGAUUUUUUCAAGAAGCAUAUACAAUAUAAAUUCUUAGAUGAAGACUUUGUGUUCGAUGUAUACAGAGACAGCAGGGGCAAAGUGUGGCUAAUUGACUUUAAUCCAUUUGGUGAAGUCACGGAUUCACUGCUGUUCACUUGGGAAGAACUGAUAUCUGGGAAAAACUUAAAAGGUGACUUCAGUGAAGGAGAUGCCCAGGAGCAGGAUGCCCCAGCUUUCCGCUGUACCACCAGUGAGGCCACAGUCCAGCCCAGCCCCUACUUGAGCUACCGCCUGCCCAAGGACUUUGUGGACCUCUCCACGGGGGAGGACGCCCACAAACUCAUCGACUUCCUGAAGCUGAAAAGAAAUCAGCAAGAGGAUGAAUGAGGAGCAUGCUAGAGUUCAAGACUGAGAUAAAGAGGAAGCCAUCGUGAUGGGGGAAGCUGUCACGGCCACAACUUCCUGCUAGCCCUGGCCGGGCAGGGGUGGAACGGGCCCUAGGCAGCCUUUUAUAUACGUGUAGACACACCUGGAAGCCAUGGAGCGACUUUGCUACUUGAAAAAAUAACGUGAUAAAUAGAUCUUUCACCUAGGAAACCCUACCGUUCUGAUAAUAAAAGACUUUCCAUGAAA